GUUGUUUUCUAAUCUCACACAAUAAAGCAAAAGUAAGAAUCGCGAAAGUACAAUUUGGCUGAAAGUGAAUAAUUAAAGAUGUCCAAGUCGCUGAAUUUGCGCAGUAAGGGCCAAACAGCGUCAGUUCAAAUAAGCACAUAUAGAGAUCAACACUUUAAGGGAAGCCGAAACGAUCAAGAUCAUCUCUUAUUAUUAUCAACUACUCUGUAUGUUGGUAAUUUAUCAUUCUACACAACAGAAGAACAGAUAUUUGAUUUAUUUAGCCGAGCUGGUGACGUAAAGAGAGUUAUAAUGGGCCUAGAUAAAGUCAGGAAAACACCAUGUGGAUUCUGCUUUGUUGAAUAUUAUUCACGAGAAGAUGCAGAGAAUGCUAUAAGAUACGUUAAUGGUACGAGACUGGACGACAGAAUUAUAAGAACUGACUGGGAUGCUGGAUUUAAGGAAGGAAGACAAUAUGGUCGAGGCAAAAGUGGAGGGCAGGUUCGUGAUGAAUACAGAUCAGAUUUUGAUGAAGGAAGAGGAGGAUACGGCAAGAUCGUUUCAAAUAAAAUACGUACUCGAGAUACGUGAAAUUGGAAGAUUCUGUAUUAUCAGUGUAAGACAGGAUCGUGUUGAAGACAUUUUAAAAAUUCAUUCAUCGUGGACAUGUGUUAUUUGUGUAUUUGUCAUUGGUUCACAUCAGGGCUCAGGUUUUAAUCAUGUUUGCCAGUCUUGACUGUUCGGCUGGAAUAUUUGUUUAAUUUGUCUGUCAGUCUAUUUAAAUGUCAUAAAUUUAUUUAUUUUAAAGAAUUGAUGUUUAAAUCACAAUACACUAUAACUCUGGUAUCAUUUAGUUGUACUGUUUUAGCAGGAGUUUCUGUUUUUAUACGCCCACAUUUUCAUGUGGACGUAUAUAGUCGUCGCCACAAUUUGUUUGUGGACAAUCUACAUGUCACAAUUUUUAUCCGAUUUUGAUGAAACUUGAAAUAUGGGUUUUUCUUGCAAAGAUAUUGGCAUGUAUCGGACAGCAGAUUCAUCGAUUAUGUCCCCUGAUUGUACAAAAAAAUCAUGUUUUUAGCUUGUGGACACUCUGAGGUCACAAUAUUGAUCUGAUUAAGAUGAAAGUUGAAAUGUAUGUUUUUAACCCAAAGAUAUUGGUUCUUUUCGAUAUUAGCGCAUAUCGGACUAUAACUUCCUGGAUUAUGGCCCCUGAUUGUACGAAAAAUCAUGUUUCUAGCUUGUGGACCCUAUAGAGGUCACAGUUUUUAUCCGAUUUAAAAUACCCUUCAAAUAUAUCAUCGUAACACCAUAAUGAUGAUUGAGUUCGAAUUUUGUGAAAAUCUGACCGAAACUGCUGGACAAAAUGUCCGCGUAUUGUACGCUGAUAGUGUUUAAAUAACAUCAAAUUAACAUCAACCCAUAUUUAAUUGAAACAGGUUUAAUAAAUAUCAACAUAUAAUAUUAACAAUUAUAUAAAUAACAUAUUUAAUAACAAUAACAUCUCUGGCAAUAAGGGGGUACAGGAGUCCACUCAUGGUCGAACCGAGCUGGGGCAACGCAUGGCUAGACAGUAGAAAUUUUUUGUUGCGAAACUGAAAAGUCAGCACCUGAGAGGAGCUGAAGGCCAUGAGUCUGAGGCAGUUGUAAGUAGAACAACUGCGGAAUCUGAGUAGGAGUAGUUCUCCUGUGAGAGUGACCUCUUUCACAAUACAUGAUAACGCCAAGCAAUAUGAAAGUCAAGAAGUAAAAGUCGAGAUGAUCUACCACUGCUUCAGUGUAGCAGACGACAGGAACGAGAACGAAGCCAGAAAUACGAACGAGUCUCUCGUGCCCUAAUUGAUAAAACUAUGUAAGUACUAAGUGGUAACUCUACUAUCCUUAGACAUCAUGAAGAGUAGACUGGGUCCUUAAUUUGGUUAUUUAAAAUAUAGUUAAUAAUAACUCAAACUUAAAGUAUGUAAUAUCAAGGUUGUGGACCCUCUAUAGAGGAUCCGAUUUUGAUGAAACAUAAAAUAUAUGUUAAGAUCUGAAAGAUCUUGGUUCCUUUCAAUAUUCACACAUAUUGGUCAUUGGACCGUAACUUCCUGGAUCAUGGCCCCUGAUUGUAGGAAAAUCGUGUUUUUAGUGUGUGAACCCUCUAGAUGUCACAAUUUUUAUUCGAUUUAAAAAAAACCAUUUAAUCGAACUGAAACUGCCUGAUAAAAUGGCCACUUCUUGUACGCAAAUAGUGUAAAAGUAUGUAAUACCAAGUUUGUGGACCCGCUAGAGUUCACAAUUUUUAUCUGAUUUUGAUGAAACUUAAAAAUAUGUUUAUAUCCCGAAGAUCUCGGUUCCUGUAGAUAUUCACACAUAUCAGACUGUAACUUUGUGGAUUAUGGACCCUGAUUGUACAAAAAAUCGCUUCUCUUUUUGAGCUUGUUCUCCGUCUGUCUCUUGCAAUAUGUGAUCAUAUCUUGCAUGGCAACCGCUUGUUAAACAACAGUAGGAACCCAAUAUUUUUUUAUGAAUAUAAACGAAUCUGAACAAUUUGCUAACAGUGGUUUGAAACUAAACAUUAGAUACAGAAACUUCCAGUAAAACACACAUCUACAUGAUACCCAAGUUAUAUUUAAGAUGAUAGUAAUUGGCAUUCUUUGAAACAAAAUGUACCAUAAAUCUGAUGUGAGAAUUUGGCCAAUAAUUUGGCAAUGAAAGCCCAAGUUCACACAUUUUAUCCCCAUACAAACAUUCAUUUAAAAUCUCAAUAAAAGGAAAUUUUAUUAAUA